AUGUAUUACCAUGUAUACCCAUGUAUACCCAUGUAUAGCCAUGUAUACCCAUGUAAUGCCAUGUAUUGCCAUGUAUUACCAGGUAUAGCCAUGUACAGCCAUGUAAUGCCAUGUAUAGCCAUGUACAGCCAUAUACUACCAUGUAUAGCCAUGUAUUACCAUGUAUUGCCAUGUAUCACCAUGUAUAGCCAUGUAUACCCAUGUAAUGCCAUGUAUUACCAUGUAUUACCAUGUAUAGCCAUGUAUUGCCAUGUAUUACCAUCUAUAGCCAUGUAUUACCAUGUAUUACUAUGUAUUACCAUGUAUCGCCAUGUAUUACCAUGUAUAGCCAUGUAUAGCCAUGUAUAGCCAUGUAAUGCUAUGUAUUGCCAUGUAUUACCAUGUAUCGCCAUGUAUAGCUAUGUAUAGCCAUGUACAGCCAUGUAUUACCAUGUAUUGCCAUGUAUCACCAUGUAUAGCUGUGUAUUGCCAUGUAUAGCCAUGUAUUAACAUGCAUAGCCAUGUAUUGCCAUGUAUAGCUAUCUAGAGCCAUGUAAUGACAUGUAUAGCCAUGUAUUGUCAUGUAUUACCAUGUAUUAUUAUGUAUUACCGUGUAUUGCCAUUUAUUACCAUGUAUAGCCAUAUAUUGCCAUGUAUCGCCAUGUAUUACCAUGUACUGCCAUGUAUCGCCAUGUAUUACCAUGUAUUACUAUGUAUUACCAUGUUUUGCCAUGUAAUGCCAUGUAUUGCCAUUUAUAGCCAUGUAUAGCCAUGUAUAGCUAUGUAUACCCAUGUAAUGCCAUGUAUUGCCAUGUAUUACCAUGUAAACCCAUGUAUAGCCAUGUACACCAAUGUAAUGCCAUGAAUUGCCAUGUAUUACCAUGUAUAGCCAUGUAUACCCAUGUAAUGCCACGUAUUACUAUGUAUAGCCAUGUAUAGCCAUGUAAUUCCAUGUAUAGCUAUGAAUAGUCAUGUAUUACCAUGUAUAGCCAUGUAUUGCCAUGUACAGCCAUGUAUCACCAUGUAUUGCCAUGUAUCACCAUGUAUAGCCGUGUAUUGCCAUGUAUAGCCGUGUAUUAACAUGCAUAGCCAUGUAUUGCCAUGUAUAGCUAUCUAGAGCCAUGUAAUGACAUGUAUAGCCAUGUAUUGUCAUGUAUUACCAUGUAUUACUAUGUAUUACCGUGUAUUGCCAUUUAUUACCAUGUAUAGCCAUGUAUUGCCAUGUAUCGCCAUGUAUUACCAUGUGCUGCCAUGUAUCGCCAUGUAUUACCAUGUAUUACUAUGUAUUACUAUGUAUUACCAUGUUUUGCGAUGUAAUGCCAUGUAUUGCCAUGUAUUGCCAUGUAUCGCCAUGUAUUAGCAUGAACUGCCAUGUAUCGCCAUGUAUUACCAUUUAUUGCCAUGUAUUACCAUGUAUUUCUAUGUAUAGUGAUGUAUUACCAUGUACUACCAUGUAAUACUAUGUAUUACCAUGUAUUGCCAUGUAUAGCCAUGUUCUGCCAUGUAUUACUAUGUAUACUCAUGUAUUGCCAUGUAUUACCAUGUAUUACCAUGUAUUGCCAUGUAUAGCCAUGUAUUACUAUGUGUUACCACGUAUUGCCAUGUUUAGCCAUGUAUUGCCAUGUAUUGCCAUGUAAUACUAUGUAUUACCAUGUAUUACCAUGUAUUACCAUGUAUAGCUAUGUAUUGCCAUGUAUUGCCAUCUAUAACGAUGUAUUACCAUUUAUUACUGUGUAUUACCAUAUAUUGCCAUGUAUAGCCAUGUAUUACCAUGUAUUGCUAUGUAUAGGCAUGUAUUACCAUGUACUGCCAUGGCCAUGUAAUACUAUGUACAGCCAUGUAUUGCCAGGUAUUACCAUGUAUUACCAUGUAUUACCAUGUAUUACCAUGUAUUCCCAUGUAUAGCUUUGUAUAGCAUGUAUAGCCAUGUAUUGCCAUGUAUUACCAUGUAUUGCUAUGUAUAGUCAUGUAUUACCAUGUACUGCCAUGUGUAGCCAUGUAUACUAUGUACUGUCAUGUAUUGCCAUGUAUUACUAUCUAUUACCAUGUAUUACUAUGUUUUGCCAUGUAUAGCCUUGUAUUGCCAUGGAAUGCCAUGUAUAGCCAUGUACUGUCAUGUACAGCCACGUACUCCCAUGUAUUACAUGUAUUGCAAUGUACUGCGUGUAUAGCCAUGUAUUGCUAUGUAUUGCUAUUUAUUAACCUGUAUUGCUAUGUAUUGCCGUGUGUAGCCGUGUAUUGACCAUGCCAUGUAGUUGGAAUAAAGUCAGUGAAUUGGAAAGUCUUUUUUUUUUCUGUUACAUAGUUCAGGGGUAGCCCAAGAAAAGGCUCUUUUUCCGAAUGAAAAUGUAGUUUUUGGGGGAGGGCAACGUUCUUUCAGGAUUGUAAACGGAUACUAGUUGACAAAGAUAUUCAAGUGCCAUUCGUCACUUUAGAAAAUACCCUCGUUAAAAGUCAGCUAAGAACUUAUUGGCCCCCAAGAGCUGGGAUUUCGCCCAUAAGGCGAAAUUCCGAGGAAGCACUCUAUUAGCUCGCCCGUUUAUUACGGAAAGUACUUGCAGUUGUUAUUUAUAGUCAGUAUACCAGAAAAAAAUAUUGAUUUAUUUUAUAGAUAGGGGCCGCAAGGGAUAGGGGGUUAACGUUUUCUUUUGUUCGCGCCCGUAAGUAAGACAGAAAAUCCCGAAGGGACCACAAAUUGGUAGAUUUUUUGGUCUUACUUCGUUUACCUUUUGCGUUACGCGUUAUCAGUGACAUUUUGUGGAGCAGCUGUUUUGAAAGUUACAAUCGUUAAGCGCAGUUGAAGUUAUAAGUUUCGUAUAAUUGUGUGUAUAUAAACUUUUGAAGAGUUUGCCAGACAUGAGUUCGCAAAUAUUUGAUUGGAAACAAUUUGCCAGAAACUCUUUCUCUCCCUUUGAAUUCAUGCAAACAUUAAAUUUAAUGACAACUGAGUUGCAAUAUUUGAUAGUCGAAAGAUCCAACAAUUAUCACUUUUAAAAAAAUCUUAUCCUUUCUUUAAAGUCUUCUUCUGAUGGCUGAUAAUAAUUGGCCAGGUUUGUAGGCGCCCAGCUUCACGAGUUAGAUCUACCAACGUUUCAAAAUAGCGUACGUCGGUGUAGUUUCGGGUGUAGCCGAAUUACAUCCAGGAGUAGUUAAUAUAGAUAAUAUCGGUAUCGAUGUAAAUCGUUAGCAAUCAAGUCAUUUUUAUCGAUUGAUAACACAAAACGGUGAAAAACUAUUGAAGGAAAAUCUUUUAGCCUGAAUUUCAGACAUCCCUUCGAGAAGAAGGGAUGUCUGAAAUGCGAGAACUGACUGAUUUAACCUGAGCUGUUUUUGUUCAAAAUGAAGGGUUUUAGAGAAAAUUUGCGUGGAGAGGAUGGCGGUGAGGGGAGGGUUAAGUCCAUCACCAGGACCAAUGAAUCAAAUAGACUAUUAUAUUGUCACAGUCUGGACAUUUCAAACAUACCUCCCUAGAUUCUAUUAAUAAAUUGAUUAUUCAGUUGAAAAAUGAGUUCCUUAGUCGUUUCCUCUAAUAGUGUUAAAUUCAAAUCGGCAUUCGUACGUGCGUAAAGAACAGUGAAUAUUUCAAGAAAACAUCCAUUCAGAACCUCUUUAUUUGAACAUAUUUAUAACAAUUUUAAAGGCAUAAGAUUUAUUUAAAAAUUCAGGACAACUAAGCCGGCAAAAAUUUCAUCACUGACUCGCGCGUAAAUUCAAAGUAUGCAGGAUUGCAGAAAUAAAUCUGAAAUCUGAAAAUAGGAUUUCCUAUAGUCUCAAGUUAGCACAAUACCGUGAAAUUCAGAAAAGAAGACCCUCAAUUUAUAAACCCAUCCGAUUUUUCAUGGCAUUAUAUGGUAAUGCACGGGUAUACAUGACAAUACAUGGUAAUAGAUGGCAAUACAUGACAGUAAAUGGCUAUACAUGGCAAUACUUGGAAAGUCAAGGCAAUACAUGGUAAUACAUGGCUAUAUACAUGGCAAUACAUAGCUAUACAUGGUAAUACAUGGCGAUACACGACAAUACAUAGUAAUACAUGGCAAUACAUGGCAUCAAAUGGCUAUGCAUGGCGAUACAUGGCUAUACAUGGUAAUACAUGGCUAUACAUGGCAAUACAUGGCAAUACAUAGUAAUACAUGGAACCACAUGGCUGUACAUAGUAAUACAUGGCAAUACAUGGUAAUACAUGGCAAUACAUGGCUAUACGUAGUAACACACGGCAAUACAUGGUAAUACAUAGUAAAACAUAACAAUACAUGGCUAUACAUGGUAGUACAUGGUAAUACAUGGCUAUACAUGGCAAUACGUGGCUAUACAUGGUAAUACAUGGCGAUACAUGGUAAUACAUAGUAAUAAAUGGGAGUACAUGGCAAUACAUGGCUACACAUGGCAGUACAUGGUAAUACAUGGUUAUACAUGGCAAUACGUGGCUACACAUGGUAAUACAUGGUGAUACAUGGUAAUACAUGGCAAUACAAGGCUAUACAUGGUAAUACAUGGCAAUACAUGGUAAUACAUGGCAAUACAUGGUUAUACGUAGUAAUACACGGCAAUACAUGGUAAUACAUAGUAAAACAUAACAAUACAUGGCUAUACAUGGUAGUACAUGGUAAUACAUGGCUAUACAUGGCAAUACGUGGCUAUACAUGGUAAUACAUGGCGAUACAUGGUAAUACAUAGUAAUAAAUGGGAGUACAUGGCAAUACAUGGCUACACAUGGCAGUACAUGGUAAUACAUGGUUAUACAUGGCAAUACGUGGCUACACAUGGUAAUACAUGGUGA